AUGGCGCUGAAGCCCAGCGUCCUUCCUGCUCCGCCACUGCCCGCUCCAGCGGCCUCUGCCGUGCUGGGCAUUCGGGGCCCCGAGCCCGGCUCUGGCGGCCUUCAGGGAGAACAUCCAGGCCGGCCCGGCCCCCUCCCCAGCCUGCAUGUGGAAGGCCGCAGGAGGAGCAGAGCAUUCCUGUCUCCCAGCGCCAGGAAGAAGACCCUGUACCGCGCGGUGUGCCUGUCCUUGGUGCUGCUCGUGGCCCUGACGGUGCUGCAGCGCGGCCUGACCCCCGGCCAGUUCCUGGACCCUUCCCAGGCCCGCACGGACCAGGGCAAAGCCGGGAAGCUGCUGGGCAGCCUGGCGGGCCCCGUCGGGUUCUGGGGGCUGUCUCGGAAGGCCACGACUCUGGCGCCCACGGCGCCGGCCGAGCCCCCGGUCUGGGACGUGAUGGUGUCCAACUGCUCGGCCAACACCAACCUGUCGUGGCAGGCCUGGUUCCAGGCCCUGGAGCCCCACUUCCAGCAGUUCCUGCUCUACCGCCACUGCCGCUACUUCCCCAUCCUGCUGAACCACCCCGAGAAGUGCCGCGGCGACGUCUACCUGCUGGUGGUCGUGAAGUCGGUCAUCACCCAGCACGACCGGCGCGAGGCCAUCCGGCGGACGUGGGGCCGGGAGCGGGCGGCCGAGGGGGCCCGGGGCGCCGUGCGCACCCUCUUCCUGCUGGGCACGGCCUCCAAGGAGGAGGAGCGUGCCCACUACCAGCAGCUGCUGGCCUACGAGGACCGGCUGUACGGGGACAUCCUGCAGUGGGACUUCCUGGACACCUUCUUCAACCUGACGCUCAAGGAGGUGCACUUCCUCAAGUGGCUGGACGCCUUCUGCCCACACGCCCGCUUCGUCUUCAAGGGCGACGACGACGUCUUCGUCAGUCCCGACAACGUGCUGGAGUUCCUGGCGGACCGGCGGCCGGACGAGGACCUGUUCGUGGGCGACGUGCUGCUGCGGGCCCGGCCCAUCCGCAAGAAGGACAACAAGUACUACAUCCCGGGCGCCCUGUACACCAAGGCGCUGUACCCCCCCUACGCCGGCGGCGGCGGCUUCCUCAUGGCCGGCAGCCUGGCGCGGCGCCUCUACAAGGCCUCCGAAGGCCUCGAGCUCUACCCCAUCGAUGAUGUCUUCCUGGGCAUGUGCCUACAGGUGCUGGGGGUGGCGCCCACGGCCCACGUGGGCUUCAAGACGUUCGGCAUCAUGCGCAACAAGAGCAGCCCCCUGAACAAGGAGCCCUGCUUCUUCCGCUCCAUGCUGGUGGUCCACAAGCUGCUGCCCGCCGAGCUGCUGACCAUGUGGGAGCUCGUCCACAGCAACCUCACCUGCUCCCGCAAGCUCCAGGUGCUCUAG